CAUGAUCAUGUUGCUCACGAUCUGUGGUCAUUGCCAAUAAAAUGUAGUUAUUUUUUCGCUUUCGCAUUCGUUACGCUUUUCAUGCAACAUUAUGUGAUUUGUGCGGCCGCAAACGAUGCCAGCAGAAUCACCAACAGUGGCUCUUUGGAUGGUGGUGUAACAAAAGGAUUUAGAAGCCGCAUGCGUUCACCUAAAAUCGCCAGUAUACAUAUUCUACAAGCUGUACCCGAAAGUCUUGAAAAACAUCCGCAUAAUGGGCAGCCUGCAGUAGCUGCUGAUAAUCAAACAAAUAUUUUACCACCAGCUGGCAAAUUUGAAAUACACAGUGUAUCAGGGGAACCCAAUUACAAAUACGUCAACUUGACCUGGGAAGUGGAGUUUGUACAGUCUGAUCAAGAUGCUAUAACAAAUAGCAGCGCCGAAGUAGAGCCACCCAGGUCCUUUCAAGUGUUCUUUUGUGAAAUGCAAUCAUUUGGACCACAUAGAUGCCGUUCCAAGGUGGUAAAUGGUUCUAAUUCGUUACAAAUGUUAGACAAUACGGACAAUGAUCUAGAAGUAGAUAAAAUAAGACAAGUACGUCAAUACAUGACCCAGGUGGACAAUCUCCGAAUGGCCACCAAAUACAGUUUUCAUAUACGUUCCACGCCCAAGCAUAAAAACAUGAAAGUUACCGGACGUUCGGAAAUAUUUGACAAUGAAAUUGAGGGUGAAGAAUUUCUGAGUAAUAAUGUGGAUCAAGGACAAACUAUUGUUAUACCCACUAAAGGAUUUUCGGCCCAGGCUACCAGAUGUUUGCCCACCGCCUCCGAAAUCGAGGUAGAAACUGGCCCCCAUUUUGGUGGCAAAAUUGUGGUAGAUGGCGGCAAUUGUGGCAUUAAGGGUGAUCCUAAUGAUUUGAAAGAUAAAUAUGUUAUGCGUAUUGAUCAUAAGGCUUGUGGCAGUAUGGUGAAACCUGAAACUAAUACCGUGGAAACCUUUAUAACCGUACAGGAGAAUUUGGGAAUAUUUACGCACAGCACAAGAAGAUUUGUGGUAGUGUGCAGCUAUCAGUCUGGCUUACAAACGGUGCGAGCCAGUUUUUCAGUUCCCGGUCGUGGUGGCGCCUCUGCAGUACAGCAAGAUCAUUACGAUGAAGAGGAACGUAUGGGUAGAGGUUUAAAGCCUAUGCGUUAUGUGGACAAAAGUGGAUUGGUGUUAAAGGAGACAGACACAGACACAACAGAAAACAAUGCUGUGGCAUCUGAAGAAAGCCCAGCCAUGGUUGAAGAAAUGGACAAUCCAGCAAUAUACGAUAAUAACAGUGUGGAAAAUGAUGCAUUGCAGGCAACGGAUGAUACAACAAAUGCAGUUGCAACAUUAGAAAAUAUAAUACCGGGGCUAAAUGAAGAACACAUUAAACAGCAAACGGAAGUCAAUGAAAAUGAAGAUCAAAAUAACAAUGAUCAACAUGAACAGCAUAAAGAAAGCAGCAGUGUGGCAACUACCAAUGUAAACGAUGAUGAUGAUGAUGAUAGUAAAGCUGACGAGUCAGAUAUGGCUGCUGAUAUUGAUGGUGAACAAUUUUCAGCUAAAUUUGCUAAACUAACAUUGGAGCUCAAUGAUCAGCCGGAAAGUGUACAAGAAGAAGAUGACAGUGAUGAUGAUUUUGGAGCAACACCCACAGGCAGAGGUUUUGGUUCUGGUUUCGAAUUAAUUUCUCUCAACAUGGGCAGUGUCAUGUUGACGGUUUUAUUAUCUGUGAUAUUAAUUGGUGUUUUCAUUUAUGUUUUAUAUCGUGAAACAAAUUUACCACCUCCCAUGACACAAUCUUCGGCAAAUGCCUCCAACAGACACCAUCAGCAGCAUCAUCAUCAGCACCAACACUUGCACGAAGUGGACACUUUACCCAGAACAUUAAGAACCAAAAAUCAGGAUUUAUUGGCUUAA